AUGCCUCAUGAUAUCUUGGUCUGGAGGAUGUUCUUUCCACUGAUUAAGAACCGUGAUUACAACUGUGUUGUUUCCUUGAACUAUCUUCUUAUCAGGGAUGGCUUCAAGUCUUUUAGCGUUGCCUACCUUCUGCAGGAAAGGUCUCCUUACGCUAGCGACGCUGAGAAGCGGAUUAUUGUGUACAAGAAGGACAUGGAAGCCUACAAAAAAAAUCAGGAGGAAUGUAAAAAGAAGUCUGUCAAGCCAAUUGAUGUAUCUGACAAGAUUCAAGCUCUGUCUCUUUCAAACGAGGAAAAGGCUCCUUUAGCUAGUGAGGCUGAGAAGCGCAAGGUUGUGCACAACAAGAAUGACAAGCAACAAGAAGGUCAAAAGAAGUCUGAACUUUGUGAGUCUGACGAACCAAUUGAUGUAUCUGACACAUAUCAAUUUCUGUCCCCCUUCGGAGUUUUCAUGGAGAAAGAGUUCGCUGUCAAUAAGGAACGUGUUACUAGCAUGGACAAAUACCUUUCGAAGUGGGAUUCGAUGCUCGAAUCGGAGAAGUCUCCUUACGUUUCUUUGGCUGCCGAGCGGAUGGCUGAGCAUGAGAAAGUCACUAUAGCCUACGUUGCCGAGAUGAUGGACCAAAUACCAAUUGGGUAUGAUGAAGCUGACGAGACAGAUGAUGAAAGUGAGGAAGAAGCAUGUGAAGCAUCUUCUGGCUUCUUAGCCUUCUUCAACGAGUUCAGUGAGACUUACAAGAAAGUCGACAGCACCCCUGCUGCUGUCGUGAUCGGCAAAAAGGUCCAAGAGUGGGAACUGAUGACGGAAUCUGAGAAGGAACCUUACUAUGCUCAAGCUAAGAAGCUUAUGGAUGUGUAUGAUGCCGAGCUAAUAUCCCUGUUUCAAGGAAGUGAUGACCGCUGUUAG